UUUGGUAUCAACUUCCGGCGUCGUGUUGUGUAGAAAUAUUACUGUGAUUUGUCAAUAGAAAAUGGGUAAAGAUUUAAGUGAAGAACAGGAAAAGAACACCCAGGCAUAUGCCGCACUGGGCAUCGGACUGAUCUGUGUCAUAGUUGGGCUGCCGUUGUGGUGGAAAACUACAGAGGUGUACCGGGUGCCUCUACCCUAUGAGGAGAUCACAACACUUGCAGCCACAAAGAUUGAGUACCAGGUCAAUGUAGAGGUGAUCAGUUUUGAUGGAAGCAUAGAUUUAUCUCAGCUGAGCAAGGAGGUCCAAUCAAGUCUAUCAUCAGAAAAAAAGAAGACACUUAUACCAACCUACAGAAUAUCAGCCCGGGAACCAGUCAAUGAAGAACUGGUUAUGCUAAAAGUAGCCAGUUCUAUAAAAGAACUCGACAGAAAGCUUACCAGUCAUCUAGGAGGUGAACGAAAUAAAUACUUUGUUGUUUUACUGAAGGGGAAAUCCAAGCUGAUCACCACAAGAACAUUCAUUGGCUGCAAUAGGAUCACUUUCCUGAACCCUGCUGGCCAAGAUGUGGCCACACUGGGCAGGGCGGUGUCCUCCGUGCUGAAGGAUGUGAUCGUCAGGGAGGCUGCAGUGAAGAAGAGUCUCAUUGCUGCUAAAGGGGCAAGGUCUUUGAAGCCUGACAAGGAGAGCAUGAGGUCGCUAAGGUCAACGCCAGGAUAUGAUAUGACCUUCACCUUGGUGAACCCUCAGCCAGACAUUCUGGACGUACAGUGGGACAUCAAGGCUGGGAUUGGUGCUUAUCUGAAACCAUUCCUGAGUAAGCUGGAUGCCUUUGCAGACUUUACCCUGACGUCACAGGUCCUGUACUUUACGGGUCUGAUGCGUCGCCCGCAGAGGAACACGGUGACCGGGGACUCCUUCUACACAGAGCAGGACCUGCCUCAUCUCAUCACACCACUGGAGUCCAAACUAGGUUCCCACACCUCCAACAACCCUGCGCUGAACUUCCUAGUGUACAUACCCACACGAGACCAGAGUCCACUCUACGUCAAGGAUAAAUCAGACAAAGCCGUUGCCAGCAAUGCAUUCUUCAGUCCUCGGUGGGGAGGGAUCUGGAUAUCCAACGCGGAGGUCCCCCCCAACUCCAGUCUUCCCCACCCCGUCAACAUUGAUGUCAGGAAGAUGAUGGAGGUGUUCAUCACUCAGAUGCGGAUGUUGCUCAACCUGCAGGCCCAGGUGGCCAGUGUCGAUCUGUCGUUUGCUGAUCUGGAGAACCAGGGCAUCACAGCAUGGGAGGUGGACGCAUGGUUGAGGAGCUUCUGUGUGGAGAACAUCGCCACAUCGGCAGGGACGUUGUCCUCCCUCGCUCAGCUGCUGGGGGAGAUCGGCAACAUCGUCAUUAAAGAUGACAUCGGCACUGAGGUGAAAUCGUCCGUGGCAGCCAUCAGGGAGAGUCUGAGACAGCUGGCCGAGGGGCAACUAGAGGAAGCGUUUCUCUCCUCCAAGAAGGCCCUCAUAGCUUCAGAGAAAGCUUUCUUUGAUCCUUCCUUGCUAGAACUGCUGUACUUCCCUGAAGAUCAAAAGUUUGCCAUCUAUAUCCCCCUGUUCCUGCCGAUCAGCAUCCCCGUGUUCACGUCGCUGGUGCAGGCCGUCAAGUGGUUCCGCAGCAGGAGGAAGCAGAAGAAGGAUUGAACGCACCACCACUAGUCACUAUAUACUAUGCAGUGUCACUGAAACAGGCCUUGGUCCACGGACCGUUGUAGAGUUACGACUAUCAAAUCUCUGAUUCUUUUAAGCCUUUGAAAUAAGCAGGAAAGACAAUGGACAUAUUGAUAAACAUAACUUAAUGAUUCCAAUGUUAACAGUUUUAGAUUUAGAUGGUCCCUAGAUUCAAAUACUGUACUAUCAAAUCUCAUGGAUCACAGGACAUUUUGAAACAGUAAAUCUCAGAACUGAUUGCAUUUCAUAUGAUUUUGGCCAAUGGUACAAAAUGGAUAAGAAUAUUUGACUGUGAUAGGACAAUGAUUUAGAUUAGCUCACCUAACUGCCUGUCAAGUUUGUUUGUGCGGCCUGUUUGUCCUAUUGUCUGUCGUAGUCAUCUUGUAAAGCUGAAUCUGAAUGAUUGUUUGUUCCCACUGAUGACGACAGCUCAGUUUGAUCAAGAGGACUUGAUAUAGCGCCACCAUGACAGAAGCUGUGGAACCAGUUUUGCUGAAAUUCAACCCAAUAGUUUGUAAUAAGUGUAUUAAAAACCAAAAAAAAUUCCUUUUUACAAAAAAAAGGUGAUAAAAUGUUUUUUGUUGCAGGUUAAGAAACAUUGCUGAAAUGUAGUAACUUGGUUAUUAGGCUUAAAAAAAUAUAAAAGAAUUGGUCCUCAUGCAAUGUUUUUUUAAACAAAUGGUGCAGGCAGGGGGUGUCUUUAUUCUUUCUUUAUUUUUUGUUGUUCAAACUGGUAUGUAACCAAACAAACAGUUGUGUAACCAAAUAAAUAGUUGUAUGCAAUCAACCUGUGAAAGGGCCUUCCUACAUAAGUGUAUUCAUUGAGGAGUAAAAUACUGGAAUACAGUAUUUGACUACAGUUGGACUUGGAAUUAUUAAUGAAUUUUUUGUUUUAAAAAUGGAAAUAAAAACAAAACAUGUGGCGAACUUUAUGAUGAUGUGGGCGGUGCCUGAGAACCAAGACUAUUAUCUUUUUUAGCCUUAUCUAUACAUUUGUUCUUUGUAUUUUAGCAGAAAAUAUUAUGAAUAUUAAAGUUGUCAAACAGUUUUGUUAAGUAGCCGUCAUUGUAAACAUAUUAAACAGUUGACUAUAUAGCCAGGUGAGCUACGGUGCCUGGCACUAUUGCACUUUGCCCACAGACAUAUUGAAUUUUGAGGAACAAUACCUGAUGUAAGAGCAUCAGUUCUGACAUCCUCGUUUAUCCAGUGUAACUUAUCUUCUUUCUAUCAUGACAUAUAUCCCGACCCAUUCACGGCCAUAGCACCAUUUGUUAUCUUUGUUGAAGGACACAAUGCUAAAAAUAUUCAUCCAAUCAAAAUACACUGUUCUUGAAACAAGCAGUGAUAUCAGCAAUACUUGUCUUGCCUUGUGUGCCAUCUCAACUAGAACAUAGAAGGUCUUGUAGCCAAAUGAUCCCCGCCCCCCUAGUUAUAGUACUCUAUGCUAGAUAUGCAUCUAUAACAUUCUAAGAUUCAAUUAAAUAUGCUGAGAACUCGUUCACAUGAGGCUGUGAUUUCUUUUACUUUAGAUCUGUGCAGAACUUUCCGUAAGAAGAGCUAUUUUAAUGGGUUGUUGAUUUCAAGAUCUUGAGUGAGAGAAUGUCUGUACUUAGUUGGUGAGGUCAGAUGUAAUGGGGUUUAACAUCAACUUCAAGACUAAUGCACUUUUAUAGCGUGUGCAUGUCUGAGUGUGUGUAUGGCUGCUUGUACUAGUCUGGCCUAACGUCAGUUUUAUGGUGCUAGCUGAUUGAGAUACGAUGCCAAGGUUUCAUUGCGUACCCCAAUUGGACACGUAUACUGAUUCCGAGCUGACCAGUCUUUGUUUGAGCCCCCUAAUCCCGAUUGCCAGGCAGGGUAACAACAAGUACCAUAUUUUAACAUCUUACACGCAGCCGGGUUUGAACUCCGGACCUUCUGCUCUCCAUGCGGGCGUUCUAUCACAAGACCACAGAUUAAGUCUCUUGGGCUCGAGGACUAGUGGCUUUGAAACCAGGGACUAGAUAAACAGAACACAAGUUCCAUCUUUUAACAUCUUUGGGUAUGAUGUGACCAGGGAUUGAACCACCGAUCUUCUGCUCUGUGAGCAGACGGUCGGUCCACUCGACCAUCAAGACCAUUCAGUUGGUAAUAGAGAUUGUGAUGUCACUUCCGAAAUGAAGCUUUGGUGGAUAAUGGGUCCAGAUUAUUUACACUGGAUAAUGUAGGAUGCAAUCAGGACUGUAUUCUCUGGUAAUAAGUUAAAGAAUAUGUGGUUGUGUGAUUAUGUGAGUAUUUGUUAAUCUUGUUGAACAAGAUAGUGUUUGUGUAAAUGUCCGAAGUGUCUGUAUGUUUUAUACAUUGUAAGACAGACUGUGAUAUCAUAUCAUUGUCAUCGAAGUGAACAUCUGCACAACAUGUAUAUGGGGUCUUAGCUGUAAGCAUGUAUGAUUGUUUGAGUAAAACUAUUUCUGUGUCAUGGCUGCAGAUCUGAUGAAAUGCCACCUAUUGGCUAGUGGUGUAAUGAUACAAAACAUCGAUUUACAAGCCCUGUAUCUCAUUAUUGCUUGGCUAAUAAAAAAACAUUUUAUGGAAUCUUUUUUCAUAAAAUUCCUUAUAUUUAGGCUGGACGGUUCUGUAAAACAAGUAAAACAGAUCUGUUUUGACCCUUGUUACAGUGACGUCAGGGAUGCAAAAAUGGGUUGUCCCAUCCUUGGCAUGAUGACUGCGGACAUGCCUGACAAAUGCUUUGUCUGCUCAAGACACAAUAACACUCUGCAAGCCACAGUGUAUCAGGUCAAAUAUUGCUUA